AUGGCGGAAUGUGGCGACGUCCGCGUACCGUGUAAAUCCUUGCUCAGCCGGCCGCCGUCGAGCGGCUUGAGGGGGGAGGAGGCAUUGGACGCAGAGGCUUCCUCACACCUUGCAACGCUGCGGAUGACGCCGCAGGCGCAGCAUGUGGCGUUGGGAGACGUCGCCGCCAUCACUCUACGGCCGGAACGAGAGGGAGGCACAUUCUCGGGAACGCGUGCCGGGACAGGCUCGGGGCGUGAAACUCAAGCAACGCCUUUAGCGAAUCAACGGGGCAGCUCACAUACGCGGCCACCGCCGCCGCCCGCUUCUUCAUCUAUCAUUUCUUUGAAGCUGCAAGACUCUGGUGAGGUUGGACUUCGUGGAAUCUCCACCGCAGGUCCGGCGUCAUUGUCAGACGGCUUGCACAGUGGCUGGCGGAGGCAAACCAGUGAGGCGGCGUUGAAUGGGGAGGAAGGGCCACUGUCCCCGCUAGAGAGAUAUCUCGCCUCAAGGCGGCACCCUGUGAGUGGGUUGCGGCCCACACAACCUCCACACCCCGUGGAGGUUGUGCCGUGUGAGACUCUGGAUAAGCGGCCUGCUGAACUUGCCUCAUCGAGGCUGUGCCGACACAACAAGUAUUUCGCAUUGAUGCAUAAAGGUAUGGAAAAAGAUGCGUGCGAUGCGCCACGUGGUGUGUACGGCAACGAAGUUGACGGAAGCACUCUUGCAAUAUUGGCAGGCAUAGGGAGUGUGGGUGCGCCGGGGGAAAAUGCUCCCGCCCCGAGGGAGGAGCGCGUGGCUGUCGAGGCGGCGGAUGAAAAUGAGCCGAUUUUUCCUCCGCUCACUUACCCAGACCCCUCGCAUCCAGGCAUUUUGCACCGCCUGUGCGACGCGCGGCAGAUGACUUGCAUUGCAGGCACGCACCCCAGCGGUGGCAAUUCUGGCUGUAGCGAAGACGCCACUGUUGUUGUUGGCGGUGGCGCCGCUGCAGCUGCUGAAGAAAAAGAAGGAGGCUCUGGGAGGCGCGAGGCGUACUUGCUUAAAAAACUCCAGGAAAAGUCAUGCGACCUCGAAAGGGCCAGAGCCGAGCUUCGUCGCUCGCAGGAGUCGGUGGAGCGUGAGACCGAGCAACGCAUUCAACAGGAGGAGUUAAUCUUGGGAAAUUUCAGACAUCUGACGUCGGCACAGCGAGCCCUCCUGGAUUUUGACGCGUUACUGCGGCCUGCCGUCAGACUGGAGGAUUUGGACCAUUGUGGAAGGGAAAACCCAAUAGACUCGUCGUUGCCAACGAAGCGAAGACUUUCCUUUACGUUUAUCCAUCAACUGCGUGAGCGCUCCGUCACUCCCGGUGAUCGCAUGGCCCAGCAGGACACCACAGUGUCCUCAGCAACCGGGGCGGAGCCUCUGCCCGCCCGUGAGCGUGCGCCCACCGCAAGAUGCCCCGAAGAAAAAGUUGAUUCACGUCCGCCGUCCCCCGGUUUGGAGCCCGCAGCUCCGUGCACGUUGAGGUUACCUUCAGCUGGAGAAGAUACUCUGGAGGAGCCGACUGCCAGACCGCCGCCCUUGACUUCUGGCUCGCGUGGCGGGCACGUCGCCCAUGCGCAGCCGCCUCCGACGGCCCCGUCCCCCACAAGGCCGCCUGCUAGUGGGGUGGCGGUUCCUCAAACUUCAGCCGGAGCGCCGCCGCCUCCGCCUCCGCCUCCGCCAAGGAAAUUACCUCCUCCGCCUCCGUGA